CUCGCUCAUUCGCGUCUGCAGGUCUCUCUCACUCUGGCGGUUUUUGGCCCUUCGGCAGUCACGCGGGUGUCGAGCAUCCGUGAACGAUUCUAUGAGACCUAAAGUUUAAAAUAUGAAACUACAAGGAGUAAACGAAUUCAACAUAUUUGUUGCCGUUUUCUGCGUGCUCACCUUUCAGACUCUUUUUGUUUGUUCUGAGCCUGGCCCAGUUACUUCACCUACUGUUACCGGUGUGACAACAACUUCUAUAUUUCUCUGCUGGGGUGCACCACUUGGAGGAAAUGUUUCUUAUGGAGUUAAUUUUUCAAUCAGUGGACAAGCCCAGCAACUUCUAAUCAAUCAAACUUGCAUUAAUGUGACCAACCUGAACUCUGCAACAUCCUAUUCCUUCACUGUUUUUGCAGUUGCUGGAGAUAAUACAACAGUUAGUGAUCCUACAACCAUCACAGGAUUUACAAAGCCUGGCCCAGUUACUUUACCUUCUAUUACCAAUGUGACAACAACUUCAAUAUUUCUCUGCUGGGGUGCACCACUUGGAGGAAGUGUUUCUUAUGGAGUUAAUUUUUCAAACAGUGGACAAACCCAGCAACUUCUAACGAAUCAAAUUUGCAUUAAUGUCACCAGCCUGAACUCUGCAACAUCCUAUUCCUUCACUGUUUUUGCAGUUGCUGGAGAUAAUACAACAGUUAGUGAUCCUACAACCAUCACAGGAUUUACAAAGCCUGGCCCAGUUACUUCACCUACUGUUACCAGUGUGACAACAACUUCUAUAUUUCUGUGCUGGGUUGCACCACUUGGAGGAAAUGUUUCUUAUGGAGUUAAUUUUUCAAUCAGUGGACAAGCCCAGCAACUUCUAACCAAUCAAACUUGCAUUAAUGUGACCAACCUGAACUCUGCAACAUCCUAUUCCUUCACUGUUUUUGCUGUUGCUGGAGAUAAUACAACAGUUAGUGAUUCUACAACCAUCACAGCAUUUACAAAGCCUGGCCCAGUUACUUCACUUACUGUUACCAAUGUGACAACAACUUCUAUAUUUCUGUGCUGGGUUGAACCACUUGGAGGAAGUUUUUCCUACAGAGUUCAUUUUUCAAUCAGUGGACAAACCCAACAACUUCUUACCAUUCGAACUUGCAUUAAUGUCAACAGCCUGAACUCUGCAACAUCCUAUUCCUUCACUGUUUUUGCAGUUGCUGGAGAUUUUACAACAGUUAGUGAUCCUGCAACCAUCACAGGAUUUACAAGGCCUGGCCCAGUUACUUCACUUACUGUUACCAAUGUGACAACAACUUCUAUAUUUCUGUGCUGGGUUGCACCACUUGGAGGAAAUGUUUCCUAUGGAGUUAAUUUUUUAAACAGUGGACAAACGCAGCAACUUGUAACCAAUCAAACUUGCAUUAAUGUCACCAACCUGAACUCUGCAACAUCCUAUUCCUUCACUGUUUUUGCUGUUGUUGGAGAUAAUACAACAGUUAGCGAUUCUGCAACCAUCAUAGCAUUUACAAAGCCUGGCCCAGUUACUUCACUUACUUUUACCAAUGUGACAACAACUUCUGUAUUUCUGUGCUGGGUUGCACCACUUGGAGGAAAUGUUUCCUAUGGAGUUAAUUUUUCAAACAGUGGACAAAUACAGCAACUUGUAACCAAUCGCACUUGCAUUAAUGUCACCAACCUGAACUCUGCAACAUCCUAUUCAUUUACUGUUUUUGCUGUUGCUGGAGAUAAUACAACAAUUAGUGAUUCUGCAAGCAUCACAGCAUUUACAAGGCCUGGCCCAGUUACUUCACCUAUUGUUACCAAUGUGACAACAACUUCUGUAUUUCUGUGCUGGGUUGCACCACUUGAAGGAAAUGUUUUCUAUGGAGUAAAUUUUUCAAACAGUGGACAAACACAGCAACUUGUAACCAAUCGCACUUGCAUUAAUGUCACCAACCUGAACUCUGCAACAUCCUAUUCAUUCACUGUUUUUGCUGUUGCUGGAGAUAAUACAACAAUUAGUGAUUCUGCAACCAUCACAGCAUUUACAAAGCCUGGCCCAGUUACUUCACUUACUUUUACCAAUGUGACAACAACUUCUAUAUUUCUGUGCUGGGUUGCACCACUUGGAGGAAAUGUUUUCUAUGGAGUUAAUUUUUCAAACAGUGGACAAGCCCAGCAACUUGUAACCAAUCGCACUUGCAUUGAUGUGACCAACCUGAACUCUGCAACAUCCUAUUCAUUCACUGUUUUUGCUGUUGCUGGAGAUAAUACAACAUUUAGCGAUUCUGCAACCAUCACAGCAUUUACAAGGCCUGGCCCAGUUACUUCACCUAUUGUUACUAAUGUGACAACAACUUCUAUAUUUCUGUGCUGGGUUGCACCACUUGGAGGAAAUGUUUCCUAUGGAGUUAAUUUUUCAAACAGUGGACAAUCGCAGCAACUUGUAACCAAUCACACUUGCAUUAAUGUCACCAACCUGAACUCUGCAACAUCCUAUUCAUUCACUGUUUUUACUGUUGCUGGAGAUAAUACAACAAUUAGUGAUUCUGCAACCAUCACAGCAUUUACAAGGCCUGGCCCAGUUACUUCACCUACUGUUACCAAUGUGACAACAACUUCUACAUUUCUGUGCUGGGUUGCACCAGUUGGAGGAAAUGUUUCCUAUGGAGUUAAUUUUUCAAACAGUGGACAAACGCAGCAACUUCUAACCAAUCAAACUUGCAUUAAUGUCACCAACCUGAACUCUGCAACAUCCUAUUCAUUCACUGUUUUUGCUGUUGCUGGAGAUAAUACAACAGUUAGUGAUUCUACAACCAUCACAGCAUUUACAAGGCCUGGUCCAGUUACUUCACCUACUGUUACCAAUGUGACAACAACUUCUGUAUUUCUGUGCUGGGUUGCACCACUUGGAGGAAAUGUUUCCUAUGGAGUUAAUUUUUCAAACAGUGGACAAGCCCAGCAACUUGUAACCAAUCGCACUUGCAUUAAUGUGACCAACCUGAACUCUGCAACAUCCUAUUCAUUCACUAUUUUUGCAGUUGCUGGAGAUAAUACAACAAUUAGUGAUUCUUCAACCAUCACAGCAUUUACAAGGCCUGGUCCUGUUACUUCACUUACUGUUACCAAUGUGACAAUAACUUCUAUAUUUCUGUGCUGGGUUGCACCACUUGGAGAAAAUGUUUCCUAUGGAGUUAAUUUUUCAAACAGUGGACAAAUGCAGCAACUUGUAACCAAUCACACUUGCAUUAAUGUGACCAACCUGAACUCUGCAACAUCCUAUUCAUUUACUGUUUUUGCUGUUUCUGGAGACAAUACAACAAUUAGUGAUUCUGCAACCAUCACUGCAUUUACAAAGCCUGGUCCAGUUACUUCACCUACUGUUACCAAUGUGACAACAACUUCAAUAUUUCUGUGCUGGGUUGCACCAUUUGGAGGAAAUGUUUCCUAUAGAGUAAAUUUUUCAAACAGUGGACAAACGCAACAACUUUUAUCCAGUCGCACUUGCAUUAAUGUCACCAGCCUGAACUCUGCAACAUCCUAUUCCUUCACUGUUUUUGCAGUUGCUGGAGAUAAUACAACAGUUAGUGAUUCCGCAACCAUCUCAGCAUUUACAAAGCCUGGCUCAGUUACUUCACCUACUGUUACCAAUGUGACAACAACUUCUAUAUUUCUGUGCUGGGUUGCACCACUUGGGGGAAAUGUUUUCUAUGGAGUUAAUUUCUCAAACAGUGGACAAGCGCAGCAACUUGUAACCAAUCGCACUUGCAUUAAUGUCACCAACCUGAACUCUGCAACAUCCUAUACAUUCACUGUUUUUGCAGUUGCUGGAGAUAAUACAACAAUUAGCGAUUCUGCAACCAUCACAGCAUUUACAAAGCCUGGCCCAGUUACUUCACUUACAUUUACCAAUGUGACAACAACUUCUAUAUUUCUGUGCUGGGUUGCACCACUUGGAGGAAAUGUUUCCUAUGGAGUUAAUUUUUCAAACAGUGGACAAACGCAGCAACUUGUAACCAAUCGCACUUGCAUUAAUGUCACCAACCUGAACUCUGCAACAUCCUAUUCAUUUACUGUUUUUGCUGUUGCUGGAGAUAAUACAACAGUUAGCGAUUCAACAACCAUCACAGCAUUUACAAAGCCUGGCCCAGUUACUUCACCUACUGUUACCAAUGUGACAACAACUUCUAUAUUUCUGUGCUGGGUUGCACCACUUGGAGGAAAUGUUUUCUAUGGAGUUAAUUUUUCAAACAGUGGACAAGCCCAGCAACUUGUAACCAAUCGCACUUGCAUUAAUGUGACCAACCUGAUCUCUGCAACAUCCUAUUCAUUCACUGUUUUUGCAGUUGCUGGAGAUAAUACAACAGUCAGUGAUUCUGCAACCAUCACAGCAUUUACAAAGCCUGGCCCAGUUAUUUCACCUACUGUUACCAAUGUGACAACAACUUCAAUAUUUCUCUGCUGGGUUGCACCACUUGGAGGAAAUGUUUCUUAUGGAGUAAAUUUUUCAAACAGUGGACACACCCAACAACUUCUAACCAAUCAAACUUGCAUUAAUGUGACCAACCUGAUCUCUGCAACAUCCUAUUCAUUCACUAUUUUUGCUGUUGCUGGAGAUAAUACAACAAUUAGUGAUUCCUCAACCAUCACAGCAUUUACAAAGCCUGGCCCAGUUACUUCACUUACAUUUACCAAUGUGACAACAACUUCUAUAUUUCUGUGCUGGGUUGCACCACUUGGAGGAAAUGUUUCCUAUGGAGUUAAUUUUUCAAACAGUGGACAAACGCAGCAACUUGUAACCAAUCGCACUUGCAUUAAUGUCACCAACCUGAACUCUGCAACAUCCUAUUCAUUUACUGUUUUUGCUGUUGCUGGAGAUAAUACAACAGUUAGCGAUUCUACAACCAUCACAGCAUUUACAAAGCCUGGCCCAGUUCCUUCACCUACUGUUACCAGUGUGACAACAACUUCUAUAUUUCUGUGCUGGGUUGCACCACUUGGAGGAAAUGUUUCCUAUGGAGUUAAUUUCUCAAACAGUGGACAAGCGCAGCAACUUGUAACCAAUCGCACUUGCAUUAAUGUCACCAACCUGAACUCUGCAACAUCCUAUUCAUUCACUGUUUUUGCUGUUGCUGGAGAUAAUACAACAGUCAGUGAUUCUGCAACCAUCACAGCAUUUACAAAGCCUGGCCCAGUUAUUUCACCUACUGUUACCAAUGUGACAACAACUUCAAUAUUUCUCUGCUGGGUUGCACCACUUGGAGGAAAUGUUUCUUAUGGAGUAAAUUUUUCAAACAGUGGACACACCCAACAACUUCUAACCAAUCAAACUUGCAUUAAUGUGACCAACCUGAUCUCUGCAACAUCCUAUUCAUUCACUAUUUUUGCUGUUGCUGGAGAUAAUACAACAAUUAGUGAUUCCUCAACCAUCACAGCAUUUACAAAGCCUGGCCCAGUUACUUCACUUACUUUUACCAAUGUGACAACAACUUCUGUAUUUCUGUGCUGGGUUGCACCACUUGGAGGAAAUGUUUCCUAUGGAGUUAAUUUUUCAAUCAGUGGACAAACGCAGCAACUUGUAACCAAUCACACUUGCAUUAAUGUCACCAACCUGAACUCUGCAACAUCCUAUUCAUUUACUGUUUUUGCUGUUGCUGGAGAUAAUACAACAGUUAGCGAUUCUACAGCCAUCACAGCAUUUACAAAGCCUGGCCCAGUUACUUCACCUACUGUUACCAAUGUGACAACAACUUCUAUAUUUCUGUGCUGGGUUGCACCACUUGGAGGAAAUGUUUCUUAUGGAGUUAAUUUUUCAAACAGUGGACAAACGCAACAACUUCUAACCAAUCAAACUUGCAUUAAUGUGACCAACCUGAUCUCUGCAACAUCCUAUACAUUCACUGUUUUUGCUGUUGCUGGAGAUAAUACAACAGUUAGCGAUUCUACAACUAUCGCAGGAUUUACAAAGCCUGGCCCAGUUACUUCACCUACUGUUACCAAUGUGACAACAACUUCUAUAUUUUUCUGCUGGGUUGCACCACUUGGAGGAAAUGUUUCCUAUGGAGUUAAUUUUUCAAACAGUGGACAAACGCAGCAACUUGUAACCAAACGCACUUGCAUUAAUGUCACCAACCUGAACUCUGCAACAUCCUAUUACUUCACUGUCUUUGCUGUUGCUGGAGAUAAUACAACAGUUAGUGAUCCUACAACCAUCACAGCAUUUACAAAGCCUGGCCCAGUUACUUCACCUACUGUUACCAAUGUGACAACAACUUCUAUAUUUCUCUGCUGGGUUGCACCACUUGGAGGAAAUGUUUCCUAUGGAGUUAAUUUUUCAAACAGUGGACAAACGCAGCAACUUGUAACCAAUCACACUUGCAUUAAUGUCACCAACCUGAACUCUGCAACAUCCUAUUCAUUCACUGUUUUUGCAGUUGCUGGAGAUAAUACAACAAUUAGUGAUUCUGUAACCAUCACUGCAUUUACAAGUCCUGGCCCAGUUAUUUCACCUACUGUUACCAGUGUGACAACAUCUUCUAUAUUUCUGUGCUGGGUUUCACCACUUGGAGGAAAUGUUUCCUAUGGAGUUAAUUUUUCAAUCAGUGGACAAACCGAACAACUUCUUACCAAUCAAACUUGCCUUAAUGUGACCAACCUCAACUCUUCAACAUCCUAUUCCUUCACUGUUUUUGCAGUUGCUGGAGAUAAUACAACAAUUAGUGAUUCUGCAACCAUCACAGCAUUUACAAAACCUGACACAAUCAGUUCGCUUCGUGCCACAGAUGUUACAACAACAUCUAUUUUGCUUUCAUGGACAGCGCCACAAAGAUUCAGUAAUUCAUACAAGAUAAAAAUAAUGAACAGUGGAAGUGUUUUUUUAACAAAGGAAACUUCUUUCAAAGUAACCGAACUGUUGCCUGGGACUAGCUAUACUUUCAGUAUUGCUGGAGUUGCUGCUGAUAGUAAAACAGAAGGAGACCCAAUUUUCAUCACAAACUGUACAAAUGCUGCAGCGGUAAUAAACGCAAAUUGUUUUGGACCAAAUUACAAUGCAAUUCUUAAUAUUUCAUGGCAACCUCCAAGUGGACUAUAUACAGCAGUUUACAUAAACAGUUAUACAGUUUAUUCUCCUGCUACAUUUUAUGUCAUUGAAGGAUUAAACUAUUUCACCACCUACCCAAUUACUUUAAUAAAUGCUGGAUGUGGAGGAAAUAGUACUCCUGUGGUGUUAAACUGCCAAACAGGAAUCACAAGUCCACCAGAUGUGCCAGAUGUCAAUGUAUUGCUCAAUAAACCAAGUACAACUUCUCAGACCAUUACGUUUACCUUUAAACCCUUUAGUAGCUCAAAUGGUCCAGUACUGCAUUAUGCAAUCAUAGUAACUUCGAACACAGAUAAUGACAUUCCUGACAAAUCUGUCCUCAUCAAAACCUAUAAUGAUUACACUAAUGGUCAGACUGACACUUAUGUGGCAACUAUAAUUGUCACAACUGUAAAUUCUGCAGAAUUGUCUGUAGUCAUAGGAGAUGGAAAUGUAUACAACGCUUACGUAAAUGGUCCAUUGGAUUCUACAAAAUCAUACAAGAUUGCACUUGCAGGAUUUACCAAACUAAACCUUACAGCUGAAAGCAGAGCAUCAACAGCUUCUAAAAUUGACAUUGUGAAUUCUGUUUUUUCAUUCACCCAUUUUUCUGCUAUAAUCACUCUAAUAAAUUCUGGUAAUUCAGCUCUUAUUGGAGGACUUGUUGGAGGGAUCUUGGGGGCACUUGUAAUCCUAAUCGUGGCUUUUUUCAUCCACAGGAGAAGGCAAAGAAGGAGCCACCUGUCAUCUAAAAUUGAUAUUAACCCUAUUCCUAUUAGCGAAUUUACAAAAAUCAUACCUGUUGAACAUUUUGAGAAGUACUACGUUAAGCAGCGUGCAAAUCAAAAUUAUGGUUUUGCAGUAGAGUUUGUGGACAUUCAAACUGUUGGGACUACUCAGCCUAAGAUUGCGGCAUUAUGCCUGGAAAAUAAAGUGAAGAAUCGUUACAGUAAUAUAUUGCCAUAUGAUGAGUCUCGUGUCAAGCUAUCAGUUGGCCAUGAAGGUGACCCGAAUGACGACUACAUCAAUGCCAGCUACCUACCAGGCUAUAACUCUAAUAAAGAGUUCAUUGGCACUCAGGGCCCCCUGCCAAACACCGUGAAGGACUUCUGGAGGAUGGUCUGGGAGCAGAAUGUGCACACAUUGGUCAUGCUGACACAGUGCAAUGAAAAAGGAAGAGUAAAGUGUGAAAAAUACUGGCCUUCAUCCAACUCCCAGACCCAUGGACAUAUGCAAGUAGCUCUGAUUUCGGAGACUCCUACUAAAGAGUGGACGAUUAGAGAAUUAAGUUUGGAAAAUCUGGCAAAUGGUAACAAGCGCAGAAUAAAACAUUUUCAUUUUACUGCCUGGCCAGAUCAUGGGGUACCUGAGAACACAGACUUGCUAAUUCGGUUCAGGAAUCUCGUAAGAGAACAUAUAGACCAGUCCCAGAGAAACUCACCGACAGUAGUUCACUGCAGUGCUGGAGUUGGCCGCACAGGAACAUUGAUAGCUCUGGACCACGUCAUCCAUCAGAUAGACCGGACUAACUCAGUAAAUGUUUACAAAAUAGUCUGUGACCUUCGAAUGCACAGACCACUGAUGGUGCAGUCUGAGAACCAGUAUAUAUUCCUGAAUGACUGCAUCAUGAACGUCAUCCGAUCAAAACAAAAUUCAAAUCAGUUUUAUAAGAACAAUGCAGCAGAGGCAAUCUAUGAGAACAUUACACCAGCAAGAGUUUGAGCAACGAGCUACGAAUAUUUGUGAACAAGAGCCUGCCGUCAUUUGAUCUAAAUAAAAACAAAGUGAAAAUGGUAUAUACAGUUAUUGUGUAUUUUAGUUCACUGUACAAGUUCAAAAGAAUUCAGCUGUGGACACCAAAGGAACGAUAAACAGAUUAAUAAUUUGAUAAACCAGUCAUUGAGGCAGAUUUUAUAUUUAAUCAAUAAAUGAUUAACAUAUUUUUCUUACAAAUAAUAUUAAAUAUGUGGGUGAUGAAUAACUACAUGUGAUUAUCAGGAAAAGUAAGUUCAUAUUUUAUCUCACAGUACAAUGAAAUCCUUAAUUAUGUGUCUACUACAGACUUGUGACAGUAGAACAAACAAAAAGACAAAAUACAACAAAACUCACAGAAUGCCAGUGUUUGUGUAGAUAUCGUAAAUACAAGAGUAAAACAUGUCUGUCAGUACAAAUAGCUGGUGGGCAACAUUAUGACCCGCGAAUGUCUGGUUCUGGACAGGGGAGGGAGAAAAGUCACUGGGCACCUUCUUCACUGAGGAUGUUCAUGCAUGUUGAUAAAGUAACCUCAAAAGAAUUAAGAGACACCAGGACUUGUUAAGGCUGGCAACCAUUGGCUUAAAAACAUGCUGACAGUGACGUAAACUUCACAUUUAGUGAGUCAUCUGUUUAAUGAAACUGGGUCUUUACCAUUAAAAUGGAUAUCCUUAUGUGAACUAUCAGCAAAAAUAAAAAAUUGCAGUGCACAUUAUGUAAGUGAGCUGCUUAAAAUAGCAUUAAGUGAGCCACUAAUGUGUCUGUUAUGAAAUGUACAUACAGUUAGUCUUAGAACUAAAUAUGAAGGUCUCAGGUCAGCUGUACAUGAUGUGUCUUGAGAUGGCUCAUUGAAAGAAAAACAAGCAAGAAAUUAGGCCUCGGAACAAAGGCCUGGCCAAAUCCAAAGCACUGACCUGACCCUGCUGUAACCUUAAGUAGCUCGCUGUAACUGCCAGGGCACAGCAAUGAUAGGAAAACAUUUAAAAUUAUACAUCACAUGGGUUUGAGAAAGUUAUAAAAAAAAAUAAGUAUUUAUUCAUUAGUUUAAAACUACAGCGUACUGUAUAGAAUAGUGUUUUUAUUUAUUAUAUGCUGCUUUCUAAUCUGCAGUAACACAGUGUGUUAUCCUUUUUAAUAUAGUUUAGUGCAAUGAUGAGAAGAAGACCCCACUACUCCAAUCUCCCCUCUAUCAGCAAACUGUGCCCUAGCAGCGUAAAUAGAUAGAUAAGGAAAGGCGCUAUAUGAUCGAUAGAUAGAUAGAUAGAUAGAUAGAUAGAUAGAUAGAUAGAUAGAUAGAUAGAUAGAUAGAUAGUGCUUGACUUGACCCCAAGGGGAUACAAGCUCUCUCCUCACAGGAUGCAUGCUGGUAAAGAUGGACGUGGAGACGUGGAGGGGAUGAUCUUGCAGUCCAAACCACACCUGACACUUUUGAUUAAAAACAAAAAGCCCUGCAAUAUGUCGUAGUAUCACAAUACUUGUGUUAACACAGAAGUAAAUGACUGAUAUGUAACUGCAAGUGAAACAGGACAGAUUUUUCUAUUUUAAACAAGCGGUUUUGACAAUUCUGAUUUUUCAAAUGCUGCUAAGUUACAUUUUUUAUACUUAAAUGAUUGUGCAAUAUUUUCUAGAUAAAUUUAUAAGGCAACUCAUAAAGAAAAUGUGCUGUUUCUGUUUUGGUGAUGUGUAUUUAUAGUAAUAUUUUUGUGAGUAGAUUUUAUUUUCAGCAAAUGAAAUGCACGAUUGAUUGUUAAGAGGUUAACUACACAAAUGGAUCCUGUCUUUUAUAUUGAAAUUAUACUGAUGAUACAUAAAUAAAUGUACAAGAUGCAGAUAAAAUGAUCAUGUU